AAUGAAUUAGACAUUUAUGAAAAACUUUGGAAAAAUCCUGAAUUCAAUAAACUUGCAAAUGAAAGAAUUAUAGCUAUCAAUUUGAAAUGUGAAUUUGAAGAAAAGGUUAAAGAGCUUAAAAAAAACAAAUCAAUACAAGAAUGGUGUAAUAGACAUUUAUAA